AAAUAUUUGUUUCGCAGUACCUACGAGUUAUUAAUGGACGUGAUGUAUUUCUCUCUGAAAAGGCUAGACAAAUGAUACAAAAUUAUUUUGUAGUUUGUCGACGUGCUAGAGGUGAUCAAUUGCCAUCGUGUUCAAUUGAAUUAAUAUCUGCAUUAGCUGAGAAUCAUGCAAGAUUGGCCUUACGAUGUGAAGUUACAUCCGAUGAUGUCGUCGCGAUUAUUCGUUUGUACGAGGAAUCUCUGUGUUAUUUGUAUGGAUAUACUAUCACACGCCCACCAUCUUUGGAAUUUAAAGAUAUUGAUAAGAUUGAUGACCACAUGAUGAUAUUUGAAAAGUGGUUGAAUAAUUAUCUUAAAUCCCUAAUCAGCGACACUGAUAGAGAAGAGUGAUUUUAUAGAAAGCCAAAUUUGAUUUCAG